AUGCGAAUGGGAUCUGGAUACACAAGUGCUGAGCAGGAGCUACGAGUUGAGGAUAUGGGCCUUUCUGGUUGCGCCGAUACAAUGAUUGGAGUUUCUAGUUCGAUCAAAGGGCUUUCAUGCGGAGAGCAAAAGCGACUGUCGUUCGCUUCGGAGAUCCUCACAUGCCCACAGAUUCUGUUUUGCGAUGAACCAACAUCUGGUUUGGAUGCAUUCAUGGCAAGUCGCGUUGUUGCGGAUUUACGAGAGUUGGCCGAUGGUGGAAUGACUGUGGUGAUUACUAUUCAUCAACCGAGCAGUCAGGUCUUUUCACUAUUCAACGAGUGA